AUGAAUGAAGAGAGGAAGAACGCUGGAAUUACGACUCGGUUCAAACGAACAAAACCACAAGUCUUUAUUGCAACAGUAGCUGCAGCUGUGGUGGCUUACUAUGUGUGCUCGCACAUUUUCUUGAUUCUUCUGGGCUCGAUAAUUCCUAUGCUUAUAUUUGGUUACAUGAUAUUGCGAGUGGGCGCUCACUCGCCAGAAUCGAUAGAGAGUUUAAACGAAAAGCUUCGGGCAAGGUUUCCACGAUUUAGAUUUACUGAGUCACAUAAUUGGGCAAAAGAGGUUUCAGAUCUGAAUCAAGAGGCAGAUGCAGAUCGCAUCAACCAACUAUAUCCUGAAAACUUCGUAAUCAGUGACACCCUCCACAACUUGAUAUUGCUAAUAACGCGAGACUUCGUAGAGUCAUGGUAUACACGGAUCAGCCCAGAUAAGAGAUUUUUAGUGGAGGUACAGGUGCAAAUAGGCAACAUUGUUACUCAAUUGCAGCAGAGACUGAGCGAGAUAGAUUUGACCGAAACACUUGUCUAUCGUGUCCUGCCGUUAGUCACAGACCACUAUGCAAAUUUUGCUACUGCACAAGAGAUUAUGAAGAACAGGAAACUUGGCACAGUUAGAUCCUUCACUAGUACGUCCGAUCUUGACAAAAUAGUCGCGUCUUGCUACAACAAAGGAAAGCUGCAUCCGGCGAUCAAGCUAAAAAGCGUUGACCCAGGUGAUGAUAUUCAAAGAUGGCUUUCACAACAAAUAUCCAAGAUUCUCCCGCUGAUAGUCGAUGAGAAGGAGAUAGAGUCUCCUCCUAUUUUCCUGCUUCUCAGAGAGAUUUUGGUGAAAUGCGUAUUUUUCCAAAUCGUGGAGAUGCUUUCCGACCCGGACUUCUACAACCAGCUCGUAGAAAAGACCCUUGGAAAUGCUAUGAAGGACCGUUUGAACGUUAAGCGUUUUCGAAGCGCGCUGAGUAAGCAUAGCGUUGAGAAUCUGAGAAAUUCUCGCUCACUGAUUUCACGAGGAAGGUUGAAUGCAACGAGCGAUGCAGCUAGAUUCCAUCGUAUAUUGCGCGAGAUCAACAAGUGCCAGUCCAUGGUAGAGCUCAAACAGUACAAGUACUACGUGACACUGCAAUUGAAUAAAGCGAGUCGGGGUGAGGACGCCAAUAACCAGCUGUACAAAGAGAGACUUGCUGCCCUACGCAGCGCGACCGAUAAACGUCUCUUAUCGUUGCUGAAAUCAUCCUCCACUCUGGCAGUACAGGAACCAAAUGUGAACACCAACUUGGACAUCACGUUUGCCGAGAUACUAAAUAGUCCUGCGAAACUCUCUGUGUUUACAGAAUUCAUGGAACAGAGGCGGCGCACCCCUCUACUCAAGCUGUGGCUUGUGGCUGAAGGACUGAGAAACCCUUUGGAGGAUAAUUACGAUCUCUCGGAAGAAGACAGCAGCGAAGACGAGUCUGACCUAGAAUACUCUAUGACGAUGGCUCAAGGUGACGAUAUAUGCCAAAUAUUCGAGGAGUUCUUUGAAAGUCCGAUUCUGAAGAUAGACUCAAAAUGCUAUUCCAACGUUGCCCGAUUUGUGGAAACAAAGCCUGCAGAUCCAAUGCUCUACUACAAAGCUCGCAAGUCUUUAUUCAAGCUACAGAACGAAGUUUAUCAAAGAAUGCAAAAGACCGACUACGUUGCGUUCAAGCAAUCUGAUCUUUACUUGCGACUGGUUGCAGCUGAAGAACAGACAAAAAGCGAAGGCGUAGAGAUAGAAGAAGAUGAGACUAAUGGCGAUCCGUUGGCUGAUUAUGAGGAGACUGGAAACGAGGAGCAGAAAGUGAGCGACGCUGUUCUUCGUGCAGUUGAGGAUGUACUAGCUGACUUGGCAGAUGAGAAGCAAGAAAGGCCGAGCUUGUAUCAAUUCAAUUCCGGUUUUUCAUCUUCAGAAGACCUGUCGGAAGCUCCGUCGGGAACAAGCACGCCUCGAGUUUCUCGGCUUUUAAGCAAGGAUGUCCAGCGCGACCUGUUUGGAGAGGAUAUGGAGAUAAAUGGGCUGUUCGACAACAACGGUGAAGUGUUAGAGGAUAAAGAGUCAACCAAGUCAAUGAAGAUUUUUGAUGACGAGAACGAGAGUCUCUUGGACGAUGAUAUGACAAUGUCGUCUUCUCAAGAGCUGCGACUGGCUGCUCCGGGGAAUCUUAAUCUGGGCGACGAAAUAGAAAAGCUGGGGGCGGAGGUUGAUAAGCUCGAGCAGCAGUUACGCAUUAUAGAGCCGCUUCUGAACAAGGCAGAGCUCACCAAUAACGUUUCUGAGUUGAAUAUCCUGAGAAAAACUCAAGCAGGACUCAAAAAAGAGCUCCAGCUGAAGGAAUUACAGAAACAACAAUAUAUCGUCCAGGAAAGCGAUAAUACCCUGUAUGGGAAAAGUCAAGUCCGGAUUCAGUCAUAUCUCAACGGAUUUGAGGAUGGAAAAGAAUGCAUUAUGUACAUAAUUGAGGUGCAAAAGCUCACGGCUGAUAAUACGGUGACCGCAGGAUGGAUGGUUGCAAGACGGUUCAGCCAAUUUUUCAAAUUGAAUAAUUAUCUGAAAAGCAAGUUCGCCGAAGUUGGAGAGCUGGACUUUCCCAAACGUAAGGUGGUUCUCAAGUUUCAGCAGCGAUCGUUGAUCGUCGAGCGACAGCGGAAAUUGGAGCGCUACCUGCAAUCACUCAUUGAAAUGCGCGAAGUUUGCCAGGACAAAGUCUUCCGCAGCUUCCUGUCUUCGGAAUUCUUCGACAUCAAUCCCGACGAGUCGCGCCAGAAACUUGGGAAGCUAGGCAAUCCGGGGAAGAGUGCAGUGAAUAUGGCCUCAAAAUUGUACAACAACAUCUCCAACCAGUGGCAGCUGCAAUACAAGGCUCCUGCAAGUGAUGUCGACGAUAAGCCAUCUUUGGAAAUGCAAAAAGAGCUCUCCAGCUUGAAUGAAAAUUUAGAAGAGCAGGAAGCGAAGUUUUCCUCAUUUGUUAAGCCUAUCAGUGAUUUCCUAAUCACGGUAUUCUGGCUCAAGAACUCAAAGGUCUGGUUAAGAGGCCGGGCUAUUGUGCUGGUUUUACAGCAAUUGUUGGGCUCCACAAUCGAAAAAAUGGUGAGAGUCAGCAUUGAUGGGAGGUUCAAGGACUCAUCGACUGUGGCUAGCAUCCUUACUAUGUUGCAAGACUCCCUGUGGCCAAACGGGUCGUUCAGAAAGUCAGGAACUCCUAGAACCUUAUUGGAGAAAUCCAAGACCAAACAGCAUGCUAAAAAGAUCUUGGAAUUCUUCAUCAUGGACACCUGUUCCAAGAUUUUCGGAGCUUCCAACUCCAGAUUGGCUGCAGAGACAACGUUUCAUAUUUUGCAAAACCAGACGUUAAACAGACACUUGGUUCUAACAGUUCUACAGGAGGUUUUGGAGACGGUCUUUCCAGAGAUCGAAAGAUAA